AUGCCAUAUGCACAAUCGGAAGCCGAGUCGAUUCCAGUACGUCCACCCAUAUCUUUCACAUCCUCUGCUGAUUACCUAGAAACCGGCUCCCAACUAUCGGAGUUGCUGCAAACGGAGCUGAAGAAGUGGAUCAACGUCGUGAUUCAGAACGAAACGCUGAACUGCCUCGAAUCCGUCCAGGCACUGCUGGUGAUCGCUUGUUAUUCUGCGGAACGCUCCCUGAUGCUCUCGUUUGCGACUCGCAUGGCACUCGAUUUGGGUCUCGACGAAGCGUUUGAGGAUCUCACGCACCGGUUGACCAUGAAGGAUGUGGAAGGGUCCCCGAGUACAGAUGGUUUGGUUGAAGAGAACGGGCUGAUGCGCAAGUCGCGGACGUGGUUUGGACUCUUGGUUCUAGAGCAUAUGUGA